UCAAGGAAAAGCACCAGGAUCAGUACGCUUUUUAUAUGAUGGUACGCGUAUUUUGAAUCACAAUACACCUAAUGAGUUGGAUAUGGAUGACGGUGAUAGUAUUGAUGUUAUGGUCGAGCAGAUUGGUGGAUGCUAACGAAGAAACCACAGAAUAAAGAUGGUGCAUAUUAUUUGUUUUAUAUGAAAAGGCAGUCCAUUUUAUAUACAGUUUUUUUUUUUUCUAUUCUUCUUCCCCUGCAAAUGUCAUUCAUUACAAGCAAAAAGCUACUUACACUCAUUUUAACUUUGAAUAAGAAAGAACAAAAAGUCCUCUUGGGGAUGAAAAAAAGAGGCUUUGGAGCCAACAAAUUCAAUGGUAACUAUAUUGUUUUUAUUCAUAACCAACAGUGUAUUCACACUCAAAUAAAAGGAUUUGGAGGCAAAGUUGAAUUAGGAGAGACAAUUGAAGAAGGAGCAAGAAGAGAACUAUUUGAAGAAGCAGGCAUUGAGGCUAUUGAUAUGAAAAAAGUUGCUAUCAAUUUAUUUACCUUUGAAGAUGAUCCGGUUGCGUUAGAGACGCACAUUUUUGUUGUUGAAUCAUUCAAAGGAGAGCCUAUAGAAACAGAGGAAAUGAGACCUGAAUGGUUUGACUAUAAGGACAUUCCUUUUGAUCAGAUGUGGACAGACGAUAAAUAUUGGUUUCCUUUUCUUCUUGAACAGAAAAAGUUCAUUGGAUACUUCCAUUUUGCACAAGAUCAAAAGACAAUUCUGAAGCAGCAGUUCAAUACUGUGGAUGAUGGGCAUGCAUUGACCGAAUUUGACUUGAAGUCAAUCGUGUAAUCUAGUGAAAUUAAAAACUGAUUAUUAUAGAAUAGAUUUUUGAAAGAAAUCCCUUGUGUUAAAUCGAGAGCUUUUGUAUUCAUAAAGGGAAAAUAGAUGAUGUUACUUGAUUAUUAAUAUUUGACUUUCUUGAAGCAUCCUUGAUUGAAUU